ACCAAAAGAAGUCCAUUUUGAAGUUUCGUAGAUUUUUCUUUUUCUGUAGCCAAAUCGAAAUCCCAAAAAAAAACAAAAUUUGGAUUUGUCCGUUUGGCCCUCGAAUCGUCGUCUUCUUCUGCGUCUUGAGAAGUUUCCAAAAGAAGAAAGCGAAUCAAAAAAUCUGUUUCUAUAGUGCAGAUCAAAAUCCUGUAUUUUCUUAGAACUAAAGACUUUUAUUUAGUGGAUCGUGUCUCAUCGACAAAAAGAAAAAUCUAGGAGUCGCGGAAAUCGGGAAAUCUUGCUCAUUCGAGAAGGCAAAGAUAUAGUUGUUACGAUUUGUGUGUCUAUUGGGUUUUCUUUUUUAAGAAAAUCCUCCUAAAACAAAUACAUUUAUAUAUAUAUUGAUUUAUAUAUAUAUUUGUAUGAUUAAUUAUUAAAAUAAUAUACAUUUUUAAACGUUUCUUUGUAUUCAUUGCAAUAUCGUGACCAUGAUCCAUCUGCAGACAAUUACAAAUGUUUCCGAUUGUGUUCCGCUGUAUCUGCCGCACAGUUUAUAUCUCAAACCUGUGGCCAAGUUGAGUUUGUCGGUGGCUUUACCACCGAACAAAAUGGGCAAGUCUAUAUCGAAUUUCGACAUAAUGGACAAAUUAACAAAGGCAUUUGCACCGGAUAAAUUUCUAAUUCUGAAGGUGACGAAAAGCACCCUCGAAAAUAUAAAAUUAGAAGCCGAGUUAGAAGAACCUAGCCGAUUGCCGAAUGCUUUAGCACGUCUUGAUGGAAUGUCAUUUAAAGUAUCGGGAUUUACUGAACAUUUUAAGGUUCGUACUAAAGAAGCAAAAGAUGAAUUUCCUAAUCGACACGAUUGGGAUAUAUUCUUUCGUGAUGCACAUUACAUGGAUGAAAUGAAAGCUGGCGAACGGCCAGAUACAAUUCAUUUUGCAAAUCUACCCAUUCGAUGGUUCUGUCCACGUCACAUGGAAAAUGAUGAAAAUGUCAAGCCUAGCGAGAGUAUUUUUAAAAGAAUUUUCGAGAAAUUCGGUCCCGUUCGAGCAGUGGACAUUCCAGUUUGUGAUGUGUUUAGACAAAAGAUGAGCUCAGAUGUAAAUGGAAUUCAUGUACACAAUUUCGAGCAGGAUCUACUAUUCGAAGGAUAUGUACAAUUUGAAGAAUACAUUGGAUUUGUUCGAGCAAUGGACGAAUUUCGAGGAAUGAAGCUGGUGCGGAAAUUUGUAGAUAAAACUCAAGCCAUCAAUUUGAUUGUAAAUUUCGAUAAAAAGAAACAUUUAAGCGAAGCUAGUAUUCUGCGGCGAGAACGGAUGAGAAAGAGUCUGUUAGCAAAGGUUAAAACAAGAGAGGAAGAAGAGGAAAAUAAAAGAAAAAAAGAACAGGAAAAACUUGAGCGUGAAAGAAAAAUUGCUGAAGAAAUAAAACUCAAAGAGCUUGAACGCCAACGUGAACGAGAAGAGCAACGCAAACAGAAGCACCUCAAAAAACUCGAAGAAAAAGGCCAAAUCGAGUUAUCUCGAAAAAUUCGUCUCGAAGAGAAGAAAUUACUUAUUGUAAGGCGUAAAUUGGAAAGUAUUCGGGUACUUGAAGCUCUUUUUGAAAGGCUUAAGGUAAAAGACUUACAAGAAAAGGGUAAAUCUAUUUCUCACACAAGUGUGGAUUUACGUCAACGAUUGGUCGAUAAAUACAAAUCAGCAACUGAAAAGCUUCUUGACGAACAAAAACGAAAGGUUGAAUCGGAAAAAAUUCAAACUGGUUUAUUGGGACUCUUGAAGAGCCGCAAGAGUGAUAAAGGAGAAGGUGGUUCUGCCAAUGGCAAUGCAAAGGAAAAUGGCAAAAAGAGAAGAAAAUCUCAACGUGCUUCCUCGAAUUCAUCAUCUUCUUCUUCGGAAGAUGAACCAAAGAAAAAACACGAAGUUAACUCCAGAGGUGACCAAGUAUUCAAUCCAUUUAAAGAUGUUUAUACCCCUGAAGCUGCCGCUGAACUUAUGAAAAUGAGUAUGCUCUCAUAUGGAGUCUUCCCAGGAAUGCCCGUUUAUCGACCCUUCGCACCGACUCAUGCAAUGCGUGGGUACAUACCUCGUGGCAGAGGUGGAGGUAUGAGAGGUCCUCGGAGAGGAGGCUUUAACUAUCAUGGAUCAUCGUCAGGAUAUCCUUACAAAAAUUACUACAAUGAUUAUCGGAAUGAUGCAGGGAUGUCUCACGACUAUUCCGAUAGACAUGGCGGUUAUAACAAUUCUCGAUCAUAUUCAAGAUCCCGAUCUAGGAAACGAUCAAGAUCUCGAUCGAGAAUCCAGUCUAGAUCACAUUCAAGGUCUAGAUCAAGAACACGAUCCCGCCAUCGUCGUUAUUCCCGCUCAAGACGAUCGAGACACCGUUCAGAUAGCCGAUCUCAUUCACGUUCAAGAUCCAGAUCUCGAUCAAGGAGUCAUCGCAGCCGAACCAGAGAGAGAUCAAACUCCAGAUCGCAAUCCCGAACAAAAGACCAUUGUCCUCGCAACAAAUCAAGAUCUCCACCAAAUUCAAAAUCACACUCUCAUCGAUCCAGGUCUGAUACAAGGGACAAAUCAAGUCGUAACCGUUCACGAUCAAUUUCUCGGAAUCAUCGUUCUAGAUCCAAAAGCCGUUCGCAAUCAAGAAUACGCUCAAAACGCUCGAGGACUUUGUCAAAACCUAAAGAAACUUCCAGCCAGCAACGUUUGCAAAGUAGAUCCCAAUCGAAAACAAAAACUACUUCCCGACGAUCAAGUUCCAGAAAUCGUGCAAGUUCUAAAUCUAGAUCUGAUUCAAAGUCCAAAAAGAGAUCGAGUUCCAAAUCAAAAAAGAGAUCAAACACCAAAUCACAUCAUUCUGGACAUAGAUCAAAGGCAAAAUCUAGAUCACGUUCUUCUUCGAAAAACAAAUUGAAUUCAAAAAAGAACUCGAAACAACUUGUAUCCACUCGCAGAUCGCAUUCACCAACAUCUUGGUCAAAAUCUCCUUCAGAACCCCGAAGAUCCUGGUCAGCAGGCGAACCGUAGUCCUUGUUCUAUAAAUCAAAACUUAUAUUGAAGAAAUUUGAAACCAAUUUUGUAUCAUGUAUAAAGAUAAUACUUAUUUCAUUUGUUUUGUAUGUCCUCUAGUUCUUGAAAUAGCUAAACAAUUUGUAUUUAAUUAAGGAAAACUAGAAACAAAUAAAUAGGAAAAUUUCAUUGAA